AAAAAAAAUGCACUAGCUGGGUAACUUAUUUCCCGAAGAUAGAAAUGCUCCGUAAACACAACACACGUGGAAAUAUGUGUAUACUGCGCGCGUGCGCAACGCGUUGUCAACAAUGUCGGCUUGCCUCGAAAAUGCAGACGAUUCCACUAUCAACGCCAAUAAGAUGGAUUAUCUUCAAGCUUUCCAAAGUACCUUGGAUCGCAUUUGGAUCUCGUGUAUAGUGUAUCCAAACGAGGAUGAAGGAGAAGGAAUUACUCCAAACAGCAGCUUUUGUAACUUGAUGAUAGAGGCAGUAGACAAAUUCUACAGUGGUCAUGUACACCACCCUACUAGAGAAGUACUGACUGGUUUACACAAUGCUCUGAGGAUAAUUGCAACAUCCUCACACAGCUUUUCCCCAUUAGAUGAGCAUCUUACCAGUGUCUGUAUGAAGAUAUAUGAAUACUGUGUGGAGAUACUCUUUGACAAAGCCUGGGUGAAUGUUGAAGAUGAAAGCAGAGCAUCAGCAACCAGAGAGUUUUACAACUUCUACUGCUGCCUUUCCAACUGGUCUCAUGAUCGGUUCCUGAUCCUGGCCAUUCUCAGCCAGAAGCCAUGGGGUCAUGAGAUCAUGACUCAAGUGCUUGAAAGAGAGGAAAACACAGACAAGGCAGAAGUUGACAGGUACCUGACCUUAGAAGGGAAGUACCUUCUUGAACAUCGUCUGCGAGUCCUGAUCCAGGAAGAUCUUCCCCUCCAUGCUCUCAACCUGGCCAGAGCCUGCACUGAACACCCUGACCUAGGACAAGAAUCCAUCUUCCUGGAGACGCUGUACCUGCUCUACUUCAACCUUGGUCUCACACAUGAACUUCAAACACAGGUUGAAGAUCAUCCAACAAUACAAGAUGUCAUGAAAGUAGCAGAGAGUAUGAGCUCUUACUGUCCAGAGCACGCAUCCAACCUACUCAAAUCAAUCAUAGAACGGCUUUGGUCUGAAAAGCUUGGUAGCAACCUGCUAAUCGGAGAGGCUGAAGAAUUGUGGAUAGAUUCAACGUUGAAAGUCUGUUCACCUGACUCAGACAAGUUUGCUGAAUGCUUAGAAGACCUCUCAACAAUGACAUAUGACCCUCUUUAUAUGUACAACCUUGCAGAUCUCGUAUACAAGAAGGUUGGUGAAGCUGCUACUGUACCCUUGGUCUCCCUCUGUCUCAAAGCUUUGAUGGUGCCAAGUCUUUCUGUUACUGAGGAUAUCAUCCAAGCAGCAAAGAUUGAUUAUGGAAAUGCAGCGUUCUGCAUGCUGUUGUCUGAGAUUCUGAAAAAUGAUGAGAGGAUGCAGCGGCUAUGUCUCCUUGCCGCCUUCUUCAUUGCUCCUUCUCUUGACAGCCUGUCUGCUCUAAAGGACAGCUACCAAGACUCAAAGGAGGAGCGAUUUCCGAAGCUGACUUCCUAUCAACAGCACGAUCUGAUCAAGUGCAUGGAGUUUUUCAUACCUGUGUGUGUAUCUUUAUCUGAGGAUUGGACAUUGGUUUCGCAGAUCUUUGAGGGAUAUUUUCGCAAGAGCAAGGUGAUAUGCAUCCUGUUGAGCAUACCAUUUGGGGAAAUGAAGACGCUGAAGUUCUAUGAUAAGUCUUGGCAUCCUGUUCAAGCAGACUUCAAGCCAUCAGGAAUGCUUAGAGUGAAAGAGGCAUUCUAUUCUGCACUAAGACUUCAUAAAGGUGUAGUCAUGGUGUCCUGCAAGCAUGAACGUCAGAUUGCGCCGAAAGCGAAGAAGAAACCUCCAGUUGAACGUAGGAAUCCCCAGGAUUGUCCAGCAUCUUCAGAGACUACUGCUGUGGUAGAUGAUGAAGCAUAUGCGGAGACUACUGCUGUGGUAGAUGAUGAAGCAUAUGCGGAGACUACUGCUGUGGUAGAUAAUGAAGCAUCUUCAGAGACUACUACUGUGGUAGAUGAUGAAGCAGCUGCGGAAUGGUUACCAUGCAUGGUGCUAGAUCUUCAGGAAGAGGUUUUAACAGAACAGGAAUUCAUUGAUCAUGCUAGUGACCCUUCAGUAGAAGACAUGCUGGUAGAACCUAGCAGAGAAUCCCCUGUCCCACAGAGUCCUCCACCACUGCUGGAAAUGUCAUCAGUAUCACCACAGAGUAGAAACUCUGAUUCUGCAGAUGCUAGUUUGGUAAAAGAAAGAACAGAUCUUCAGCAAGAAAAGUCACUAGAAGUGAUGGACAAUCAUGACAUGAUCUGCUUAUCAAAAGACCAACAGACCAAAACUCUGAAUCAUGUAUCAGCACCACUAGUGUUUCCUAGUGUCAGUGAAAGAGAAAGAAAAUUGCCUAUCAUAACUCAGAUAAAACAGCUUGACAAACCGCAAGUGGAAACAAAAUAUGUGAGAUUGUGUAUAAACAGAAGUGACCUUGAAAGUGAUGGUGUGGUGGUUCCUGAAAUGUUUGCCACUGAUCCGGAACCUAGUUUAGGUAGCCCCGUAUCUUUUGAUAGCAGUGAUAGCUGUGAUAGCAGUGACAGCUGUGACAGCAGUGACACAGAGAUGGUGAGCUGGACAGAUGAACAGGAUUGUAGUUCUAACCAAACAGAGGAAGAAGAUGUAUUGUGCAGUGGUGAUGAAGAAGUAUGUAUGCUGGCUGGGAAAGAGAAAGAAUUUCAAAUGUUAGAAGUGAACACAUGCCAAAGAAACCUUUCAAAAGAUGAUGAGCUUACCAAACAUUCACAUGAAUUUGGGAACCCAGAGUCGUCAGCGUUGAAUGUCAGUAAUGUGGAUCCAUGUUGUACACAAGAUGAAGCAAUAGACCUUGCAAGAGACAUUUCGGCAGAUAAGAAAUCUGUAGUUCAAAGUGCUUUGACUGAUGUAGUUAAGGUGGUUCUUGUGAAAGAUAGGCAAGCUGAAGAACUCUUGUUAAGGACACAGGAUUCACAAGGCUUCAUCGAAGAACAACAUGAUUUUCAUUACUCAAGUCCUGUGAAAGAAAGGGUCAAGAACAAUGAAGUAGAAACAUGUAGUAUGUCACCAGCAGAAGGGUUCAACCACCAGCAUAGAAAUGUGUACUUGAAGACUUCUGUGUGUAGUGUAAAGCUUACAUGUUUCAUGAAACAUAGAGUCAAGAAGCAGAACCUUCAGAAUCUAGAGUUGUGGAAAUUCUCGGUUAAAGAGGGAGAUAAGGAGAAAGGAGAAGAUGCAGAAAGCUUGACAAGUGACGUUGAUUUUGAUGUGAAGUCACCAGAAGAAAACGUGACCUGUUUCCCAGUUGAUAAAGUGCAUCACGUAGGAAAGUCCACAGCUGAAAUCCAGGAUAAGCAGAAUGGCAUUGAGGACAUGCACAUUUUUCAGGCAGAAACUUGUAGAGAAACAAAGGGAGACAGAUUGGCAAGUGUUUUUAGUGAGAACAGCAUUCCUUGGAUAGAUGGACAGUUAGACCAAGAAGAACAGUCAGAAAAUCCAGUUUGGGCUGCGAUAACAAGUUACAAUGAAGACAAAUAUCUAGAGAAUGUUUCCUGUGAAGAAAUGACAGAAGAAAGACCCAUGCUGGAUUAUGAGCCUCAAACUUACACUGCGGAUGAGGUUAGCAAUUUGGAAUUGCCACUUUUGACUCUUGAAACUGAAGUCAAUGAGGCAAUGUUGCCUGCUAUCAAGGACUCUUUACAGAGAUGUGAUGAUUCAGACAUUCCUUUGCUUCUUGAUUGCUACGAGGCAGAGUCCCAUGAAAACUUGACUAUUGAUAAGUAUGUAAACUGUGAGCAAGAAAGGCAUGAGGAUUUGGUGUACCCUCAAGAUAUCCAUGAGCUGUCCAGAAAUGUCUUUGGCGAGACUGUUGAUCAGAGAACUGAAGACCACAUCGAAAAGUCUUCAGUCCAAGAAAAUGAAUGUAACAUUGAGAUAGAACCUUUAGUUUAUUUACCAGUUGAACAUAUCCACUUUCAAGAAGAACAGGUGCAUGAGAAGAAAUCUGUUUGUGGCAUAAAUCUUCCAUGCGACAUAGAUAGGAUCACUGCUGAAGAGGAUCCACAUUCUGCUGCAGGAGAGUGGCAAUGUACACAGGUGUUAGGAAAAGGAAAGGAAGAGAGUGAAGAUGUUAUAGGAAGCACUGCAUGUGAAAUAGCCAUUGACCUUGGUGCACAGGACAAACAGUUUGAUCACCUAUCGCUUGACAAAGUCUGUCACAAGGGUAUGUUUGAAGGUAACUUGGAUAGGCAGAAUUAUCAAGUAAUAGAUAGUCUAGGAAACAAGUUAGAAGUUGCUGGCAGUGAGGUUAUUAGUGCAUCCAUAGAUGGUCUAGUUGCUUCAGAAGAGCAGCCAGAAGUAAACAGACAGUUCUUGAUGACACUAGAAUCACCACAUCAUGAGACUGAAUUGAGAAGUUUAGUGGAUGACUCAUCAAAUACCAGAGGACAUUCAACUGAAGAGGCCAGCCAGUCACUUCUUGAAAUAGAAGCGGUGUCCAUCGAGAGCUCAAGCAACAAUUUGGAGGACCCUGUUAUGGCAGAGAUAACAAGUCUUCCCCAUGAUAAUUCUUUGGAGAUUGUGUCCAGUGAUGAAUUGACAAAAUCAACAGAGUACAGGACAGUAGAAUUUCCUUCGCACAAAGCUGAGACGCAAACAUGUCCUAUGGUUGAAGUUAGGGAUGUUGAAGCACCAGUGUUGACACAGGAAGCGAAAGUCAUCAAGGAUCCUGUGAUGUUAGAGAAAAGGGAAGGAAGUCAGAGCACUUUCAGAAAUGUCUGGACACUAUUGUCUGGUAUACAGGAUUCUUCUAAGAUAAUUGAGAAUUCAAACACUAUUAUGCUCGUGGAUAGCAGUGAUGAAGAGAUACAUGAUGGUAAGAUAGAUGAAAAGGCCACAAGAUAUGAGCAUGCUAGGAUCGAAGACUUGACAUUCAUCAAAGAUGACCAUGAGCUUACAAGGAAAGCCAUUAGAGCUGGGAUUGAACAGAGAAUUAUGAGUCACAUGGAUGGGCCUUCGGUGCUAGAGAAUAAAUGUAGCAGAGAAACAGAACAUUUGGUUUCCUCCCCAAAGGAAGCUAUCCCUUGUCAACAAAGACAGACACAAUUCAAGAAGUCAAUCUGUUGUGUCAACCUCCCAUGUAACAUGGAUAGAAGAAAUGCCAAAUAUAACCCACUGGUUCAAGCUGAAGAGUGGAGAUGCAUACCAAAGACUUUAGAAAGCAAAAGAGAUUCAAAGAGCUGUACACAUGAAGUAGAAAUUAAGCUGGAUCCUUUGGACAGAACUGUCAAUUCCCCAUCACAUGAGAAGUUCUCAGACACAAGUGCAACUAAAGGUGACAAGGAUAAGCAGAACAAUAGACAGGUGUGCCAAAAUGUUCCUGAAGAAUUGUUGGGAAAUAGGUUACCAGAUGGAUACCGUGAGUUCAGAAUCCCAUGGGUAGAUGGACAGGUCUAUCCUGAAAAGCAGCAAGAAUUGUAUAGACAAUACUUGAUGCCGUUGGAAAGUAAAACAAAGCCAGCUAACUGUACAUCAUCGGACAUCACAGGAGAUCCAGCUAUGAAGGCUAUCCAGCCACUUGCGCAAACGCCAGAUGUAUCUAUUACAAGUCUCCAUCCACACCAAUCACUGACGAAAUUAGACAAAGUAACAAAGCACAGUGCAGUAGAAAGUCACAUACAACAAAAUGAUGUGCAAUCAAACCAUGUGGAUGAAUUUAGAGAUGUGGCAUUACCAGUCUUGACUCCGGAAACAGGAAUCAACAAACAGACUGUGACAGCAGAGAAAAGUGAUACAACUAGAAGCAUGGUGAGGAAUGAAGUGCCAAUGCAUGACUCUUGCAAUGAGGACUUGAUCUGUUGCAAAGAUGAUAUUGAUCAUUCAAUGAAAGCCACUUGUGUUGAAAAGGAAAAUACAUGUUCCAGUGAAAAGAAUUCAGUCCUAGAAAACAAGAGUGGCAAUGAGAUAAAACUUUUGGUUUCUUCACAGAUGGAAGAUAUAGAAGAUACACUACUUCAACAAAGAAAGAUAAACUUCAAGCAGUCAGUCUCCUGUGUCAGAAUCCCAUGUGACAUGGAUAAGAGGCAUGCCAAGGAGAAUGCUCCAGCUGAAAAGUGGCAAUGUGUUUCCAGAAAUAUAGAAAGCAGAGAAGAUUCAAAUAGAUGUACAUGUGAAGUAGACAUUGAGCUAAAGCUACAGGACAAACCCCAGGAUUAUUUGUCGCUUGACAGAGCCUCAGACGCAAGUACAACUAAAGUGAACAUUGAUAAGCAGAACAACAGGCAGGAUUGCCACAAGUCAUGCCAAAUUGACCCAGGAGUAUCUCCAGGAGAUGAGAUAACUAGAGCUUGCCAUGAAUUCAAUAUCCCAUGGCUAGAUGGACAGGUAGACCUUGAAGGGCAGCCAGAAGUAGAGCAAUACAAAAUUCCUUUGAAAAAUGGAGUACAGCCAAAUGAUGAGACCAGUAUGCCAUUUUUAGAUGAUACCUGUUUGUCAUUAGCCAGUGGAAAUGCAUCAACUCACCUGACCAACCCACUCAAUAUUGUAGCACCAGAGUUAUCAAUUCAACAUUCAAACACUGAGACGGAUGGUUCUGUGUUAGCAGGAAUGUCGCCAAUGAAGAAAGAUGUACCAUUGGAGAAUGUAUGCAGCGAUACAACAACAUUAAUGAAAGACUUGGCAGCUGAAACUCAGGAGCAGGAAUGUGAGCCUGAAAAACACCUUGAUGAAAAUGAAGAGUUGAAAUUACCAGUUCUUUUCCAGGAAGCAGAAACUGGUCAAGGGCAACAGAUAAUAGAGAAUGGAGAUAGAUGUGAUAAUACAAGACAUUUCUGUAAAGAUGUUGAAAACUUGAGUAUUCCCAAGAUGCCUGAUGACAUUGGUGCAGUGACACAGGAGAUGGCUGUUCAAGGAGAUACAAUCUUUGAGAAAUCAGAGAAGAAAGACAAGGAACCGAUUGGCAAUGUGAGCAAUGCAAUGAAUGGAAGUGUUGAUCAGAGAACUGUAGAUCAUGUUGAAAAGCUUUCAGGGUCUAAUAAGAAGACCAGCUGUGAACAGCGGCCCCAAAUUUGUCCAGAAGCAAAAGUAACCCACCUUGAACAAAAAAUGCCACGUAACAUGAAUCACGAUCUUGUAGUGCAAGAUCCACAUGCUCUUACCAAACAAUGUAGACUCGCAAUAGGGAAUGUCCUUUUGAAUUGGGACUCUGAGAGCUGUGUAUGUGAUGGACAAGUUGACAGGCAUCUGCAGAAGUGCACAAAGUGUCUUUCCAUCAGGAACUACACUGUCUCAGAAGAGCAUGCAGCUGACAACCAAGGUAGGCAGAUGAAACAAGACAAGAUUGUUGAGAGAAAUAGUGACACAAUUGAGAGACUGUGCCAAAGAGAGGAAAGGGAAGCAAUGGUUUGUAGUGAGCUUGUCAUUCCAUGUAAUGAUGGAGAGAUAAUUCAAGAAGUGCACCUAAAUGGAGAUGAACAACACUUGAUGUUACAGGAAAUAAGUCCAAAUGAUGGGAAUGUGCAUAACCUGAAUACAGAAUCAAAGCAAGUAACAGCAAUGGAGAUAUCUAUCAAACAAGGGUCACUUGACAUUGAUUCUUGCAAAGUAAACUCAGCAGAAAGCUCUGGGGUGAAGGAAGAGAAAGAUUUGUUGUUUAUCGAGAGCAGAGAAAAAGUAGAAGCUGGUGGAGUCAUGGAAAAACAAAGUUUUCAGAACUCUUUGUUUCAAGAAUCUGUUCAUGAAACUGGAACGACAGUGAAAAAUGAAGGAGCUAUGCUAAAACCAGCUAUACUUAAUACAGUUGCAGACAGCAAUGAAGAAAGAUGUAACGGAAAGGCAACAGGAGAUAUCAGCAGACCCUUGAAAACAUUUCUCUCAGGAGACUGUAAAAAUGCGCCAUUGAACAACUCACCAUUGUUUAAGAAGAGAGAUGCCUUGUAUGGUUUGACUUACGGUAAGACAUCAUUUAAACAGCCCUCCAUGCCAAAGUCAGUUAAUCAAUCGGCAUCCGUUACACAUUUCAUCUCUAAGAAAGCAGGAAAAGAAUCUUCACAAAAGAUUUGUCCUAAGACUGCCAAUAAGUUCAUCUCAAAGAAAUCUUUGAAAGCAACUCCAAGUAAACAGUCCUGUGACGGAGACCAGAUGGUGAACAAACCACUAUCCAUCAGACGUUUUGCAUCAAGGAAGUCGGGCACAGAUCCUUCACCUCAGAGCGAGUCAUCAAGGAAGUGUCCUGUGCGUGCUACCAACAAAUUCAUCUCAAAGAAAUCAUGUGAAGCAGCUCCAAAGCAGGUUAAAUGUGACAGGGUGACUCGAAAGACAAUUGUUACCUCAAAGGCAUCAGUACAUCCAAGUGUGAAAAAGACAACCUCAGACAACCCAUUGGGUUUCAAAGCAUGUGCACACAAUGAACUUUCUCACCUACCUCUUCCAUUAAAGUCAACAGCAAUUAAGAGAAGAUCCUCUUCUUUGAGAAUGCCAGUGAAGUCUUCCUCCUUUCAAGCCCAGAAACAUUCAUAUUCUGAAGCCUCUAGCCCACCAAAGCUCAUGAAAAUGACUUCAACCUGUGCUUCUCCAGUACAUUCAUCCCGAAAUCUACAGCAUAAACAUUCAACCACAUCCGGGACAUCUGUGAGGCAGGAGUCACGGAGAUCCUGCAUUGCCGUUCAUGGAGUGGUGACCAGAAAACAGAUCAAAGUGGACAGUCAGAAAAAAGGAAAAUAAAUUGUGACUACUAAGAUAAAAGUUCACUUAUUGUCAAGAAUUAUAUGGUAAUGUUUUUCAGGGCAAUAUAAUCACUUAUCUCUAAUAUGGAAUCACAAUACUUUUGAGGAUAAAAAGAAAAUUGUUUUUCUCAGUUGCUCAUUUUACUAUGAAUAAAACUAAUUGAAAAACCAUAUGAGAAAUGACACAAUUAUUUUUUCUUUGUUUUUUGUUUCUUUUCUGCAAAUUUCAUAAUUGUAGAGGAGCAAUUUGAAAGGAAAAAAAUAAAGUAACUGUAGAACAAGUUGUCAUGCAAUAAAAACAUACUUUAACUCCAUUUCUAUGAUUGUUUUUUUUUAAAUUAGUUUAAAAUGACAAUCAUAAUUCUAUGGCCACAUUUGGAAGCACAAGUUAGGUUAGCUGUUAUGCAUUUUUUGAAAAGAAAAGGAAAAUUCGAUUUUAGAUUUUUCCUUCAAGCUAUGGCAAGCUAUUAAUUUUGCCAAAUUUGUUUUAUCUGUAAUGAGCUGGUGUCAAUACACAUACCGUAUACAUUUAUACAUGUAUGUUAUAUAAGUCUUAUUUAUCUUUUGAGGUGGUGGAUCAGUAUAUGUUUUCUUGGUCUUACCAACACGGUGUGUGAUUAAUAUAUAUAUAUAUGAUGUAACAAUGUUAAUCUAAGGUGUAUUAAUCAACCUUAACAUAUCUGAUUAUUUAAUUUGCAUUAUUGUUUUGAUUGAGUUCUAAUAGCAGGAAGAUCUGCUUCAAAUAUGAUGUCUUUUUGAAACAGCGCACAGAAAUUACCACCGUGUCAUAUCUCAUUGGUCCCAAAAUAUGAAUUUCACCCAAAGAAACUUACAAGGUAUUCUUAUGGGCGAGAUGGAUAUUUUUUCCCAAAAUAGCCACUACACAAUGAAUGUAGGCUACACUAUUAUAAUAUGUUUUUCUAGCAGCAGUCGUGUUCCGUAUGCAUCAUGGUGAUGUUCAGUUAAUGUUGUACUUUAUUUCACUUGUUUUCAUGGUAAAGGCUAUAUUAUUGCCACCCUUGCCAUCCCUCAUGAAAUGUUGUGUUAAACCUUUAUCUAUAUAUAUAUAUAUAUCUAUCUCAGUAGUUUAAAAUUGAUUUCUCAGCAAGUGUUUAUUAUUUUCUGGUCAUUUUGUUAGAAGUUUCAAAAAUUAUGUUAGAGCUUCAUGUCAGUAGAUAUAUUAUGUCAUUGGCCCAUAUGAAAUUUUUCCAGCUGAAAAACAACUCAAGGAUACAUUACAUUAAUCAUUGUAGUCUUGCAGAGAGGUUGAAGUACUAAGUAAAACUGAAAUGAUAAUAAAACUAAAACCUUGUACUGUAGAAGCUGAUAUUUCCGCGUACAGAUAUUUUCGCAAAUGACAGGCUAAGAGACAUUUUUCGCGAGACAGAAUAUUAGGGCAUGAGGUAUUCACAAACUUUCUCAUGCAGACUCGUUCACAUAUGUACACACACAAGUUUAGGCAGCCCAUCGCAUCACAUCCAGCCGAGUAUUGUACUGGUACGUACAAGGAUUACGUGCCUGCGUCAUGUAAUCUGUGCAAUAUAUAGUACGCGCGAGGAUAUUUUUGAGCUCCGGUAUGAUGAGGUGCCAAUAUUUUCGCGUGUUGAUAAAAAUCGCGAUAAUAUGAAAUUCUGGAAAAUAAAACCCUCGCAAAAAUUAACAGCUUAUACAGUAUUUGUCAACUCAUAUUGAACUUAUAACUCAUUUUUUUAAAGUACGAAGUAUGUUGGAUGUGGAACAGCCUCAAAACAAGUGUGACAAAUAAUUAUUACCUCUGACAUGAAGCCAGUUUAACCAACGAUCCUCUAUGAUUUUGAUGUUUGCAGGCUUCAUAUUCUAAAAACCCUUGUUUGCAUGAAAUUUGAUGGGAAAUAGAAAGCCAUCAUCAACAACUCCAUGUCUGUUUCAUUGGGUAUUUCAUAAAUGCUUGUGCAUGUUCAUCAAAUGAAAUAAAUGUUUGAGGAGAACUAGUACUAGUUAGUUACCAAGAGUGUCAUGCAGUAGUUACCAUGUAUUGUGUUUGUUGAUAUAUAAAGGUUUACAGUCGUAUUGAAUUCAGAGCAUAUUAUGUCAAAACCCACCUUUUUCUCAGGAUGAAUUGAACUCUCUUCAUUCAGACAUUAUGCCUGAACAUUUUUCUUGACCUGUGUUCUGAAGAGAUCCUCAAUAUAUUGAGUAAAAACAGAAAUAUCAGAUCAAGUUCAAAAGACAGUCUAAUGAAAAAAAAAAAGUAUUCAGGAAUAUUAUGCUCCUUGUUUAUAUUUAUGUUCAUAGUAUUGCUACCUUCCCAGCAAGUCGCUAUUGAGUGUACCAUAUGUAGAUGAAUACUAGAGAAACAAAUCCAGUGAAAGUCUUUUUUUUUAUGAGGGUUUGCCUUGACGUGAUACUCUAAAGAAAGAGUUGUAAAUUUGUAUUUCUCUUCAGGGAAACAAUUCCCUACAUCUUUGUUAUCCUUGUGAAAUCACUAAAGGAUUUCUUUGUUUUUAGAAAGUCAUAUGAAGAGACAUUUCCCUAUAAAAUCAUAUAUCAUUUUGUUCAGUUGAUUUCUCCUGUGACAUAUCACACAUAUUGUGUGGCUGAGUUUAUGUACUGAUGAAAACAAAUGAUUUUUGUUUGAUAAAAACUUGGAUAUGUUGUAGUUCCUUGCCAGUUCAUUCCAGGUUUUCUGAUAAGUUGUUGUUGCAAUAAAUUUUUGUAAAAAAGAA